AUGGCUAUGGCGACUCGUGCGAUUCGAUGUCAGUUACCGUCGUUGAUUACCAGAUGCGAUUCAUCGGAACCGAUUAAGCAGAUCCAGAUCCAGCAGCGACCGAGAGGCAGCGAUUUAGCCGAGAACGGGAAGAUCCUGCUUCAGCCGAGGCUUUGCACGUUGAGAUCUUACGGAUCUGAGAUGGUUGUAGCUAGAAAAGAUGGCGGAUAUGGCGGAGGAGGAGGAUCUGAGACGGAGAUAGCUUCGCCGUUUUUCGAAACGCUUACUGAUUACAUAGAGAGUUCGAAGAAGAGUCAGGAUUUUGAAACCAUCUCUGGUCGACUCGCUAUGAUUGUUUUCGCGGCGACUGUAGCGGAGGAGGUUGUUACGGGGAACUCAUUGUUCAAGAAACUUGACGUGGAAGGAUUGAGUGAAGCCAUUGGAGCUGGUCUUGGAGCUAUGGGGUUCGCAGCUAUAUUCGCUUGGUUAACGAUUUCUCGUAACCGAGUUGGACGGAUCUUCACAGUGAGUUGCAACUCGUUCAUUGACUCGUUGGUUGAUCAGAUCGUUGAUGGCUUGUUCUACGACACUGAACCUAGUGAUUGGUCCGACGAAAUUUAA